GUUCAGGUAAACCACUCUUGACUCUCCAUUAUCAUUUAAGUGACUUGCAAAUAUUUUGAUUUCAGUUGAAAAAGAAAACAACAAAGAUGGAAUUGGAAGAGUCGGAUGAACAUUAUCAUUUUAGAGGUCUCACAGGUCAAGAUUUAAAGACGAAAAGGCCUAAAAGAACGUUAUUCACGAUUGGGGUAGGAAGACGUCGACGAAGACUAGUUUUAUUUGUUUUUGCCUUACUUGUGUUAGUUCAGCUCAGUCUCCUUGGGUAUGUUACAUACAAGGUGGAAACAUUAAGAGCUCCUGAUUCGCAAAUUAAUUCUGCAUAUGCUGCUCAUCUAGUAGACAUUGAUGAAGGGGAAGAUAAAACAGGGAAUAUGUCAGAUAUGCAAAAGUAUUUCUUCAAUCAAGGUAUAGUACUUGAUCAUAAGAUAAGAGAUUGUUCUGGUCCAGAGUCAAAAUUGUCGUUCCCUAACAUUGAUUAUGCUUUUUUUGGUUAUGAUAAUUAUCGGGGAUUUCCGCUGGCAGAUUCCCGUGACCCUGGAUUUACUUUUCCUAUUUUCAAAGCUGACUUUUCUAAAAUGCAGCAAACGGCAGACUGUAGAUUUGCCCUGCCUAACGGAUAUAUAGCAGUAGCUAGUGUAUCAUGCGUUACCUCGUUUUCUUCGACCGUACUAGAAACUGUAAAUGAAUUAAAAGAUGUUUUAUCAACAAUGACCGAUUUCAACGUGGCCUAUAAAACUUUUGCGUUUUCUUCAAAUUUCGAUUUUAGAAAAAUGACCUCGACGUUAGAAAGAAAGAAAUCCGUUUAUAUAAUAUCUUCUGCUAAUUGUGACUAUUACUUUGUUAAGCUUCGCAAACAAAUGCCACCAUCAUUUGACGAUGAUUUCCUAAUUUGGCUGAGCAAACUUGAUGCAUCUGACUCUAAUACAACAUAUAUUGAGUUUAUGGACAGGUUCGGUACACAUUUUUUAUCUGAGGCAACAUUUGGUGCUAGAUUUUCAAAUGAAUAUGAAAUGUCUAUGGGCAACUUUCAUUCUAUAAAGGAGACUCAAUAUAGUGCUAGUGCACGUGCAUCUUUUAUUGGAAAGAUAAGCAUUGGUGCUGGCUUUAGUUUAGAAAUAAGCCAGCGGCAAGCGGCACAAGAGUUCUCGGAGAGAGUACAAACACAUACCAAAACGGUAGGAGCAGCCCCGCCUUCAAAUGGAGACGCACUAACUUGGGCUUCUGAGGUAAAAGACAAUCCUGUUCCUUCUAAAAUUGUCCUAAAGGAUAUGGAGGACCUGUUUGUACCCGAAUAUGUUUCUACCCUCGGAAUUGAUUAUGAAACUAUUCGGUUUAACAUAAUGAAGUAUAAGGAGGAUUACAGACGAUAUAGGGAAGAAAACAAAAAGGAGCUUGCAUUUGCUGAUUCGUAUAAAAAGACAGUUAUGUGGAAUGUGAAAAAGACACUGUCAGUAAGAGGAGGAACUCAAGGUCAAUGGGGACAUAUCGAAUUCUGCCCAGACAGACAAUAUGCCAUUGGUUAUAAUCUAAAAAUCGAACCUUAUCAAGGCGAGGCUGAUGACACUGCACUAAAUGCGAUAAGAUUAAUAUGUGCUAAUAGGUUUGGCCAAACCACUGGAAGAACAAUAACGUCAUGGGAGGGUCCAUGGGGAUACUACAGAACAGACAAACUAUGUCCAAAAUCAAAAUCAGUUGAUACCUUCCUUACUCGAUUUCGUCUACAAAUGCAUGACAACAAUCAUAUUGCUGCUUCAUUUGUCACUUUUAAAUGUCAAGAUACAAUGAAAACUGUUGACGAGAUACCACUGGAGAUAUUUCCUGGGAAGGGCGAGCCUUGGGGAAUAUACUGGGAAGAGAGUGAGAGUUGUCCGACAGGAUCAGCUAUAUGUGGAAUGAGAACGAAAAUCGAAGAACGACAAGGCAAAGGAGAUGACUCUGCAUUGAAUAAUGUAAAAUUCUACUGUUGUGCUCUCGACAUUACCCAAUAAGGAUGUUUUAGAAGAACAUUGAUUAUCUACGACAAAGACAACACACUGUUUAUUUUAUUUCAGUAAUACAAGAGUGUAUUUACAAAUUAUCUAUGCUUAAAACUGCAUGAUACAUGUAAAUGAGUCAGUAUUACCACUUACAACAUGUCCUUCAAGACUAGUAUCACUAUAAAAGAGACAUAUUUGUGAUACUUUGACAUACAUAAAUUCCAUACCGCAGUAGUAUGUCAGGUCGAAUACAGUAAAUAAACUGUAUUCAUUUAAUCUUAUAUACUUAGUCUUUUUUCUUUAUUCUGUUAACUUUAUUUUUCAGUCGUUUAA